CUUGCUUUUUGUAUGAAGGGGUUUAACCCAAUGAACAAUUCUGUCUGUCUUUUCCAAAUUAAGCCAGUGGGAGAGGGAUCCCUGAGUGAGCCAGGGAGAUUGGAGCAGCGAGGUGCACAGCCCCUGGUUAUAAGUCCUGGGAGUGGAAGCUCAGCCUUGGACCCACAGCCUUUAGCUCAAUAUAAACUGCCUUGCUGCCUGCCUGACUGCCUGACUGACUUGACUGACUGACUGAGUCUCACUCCACUCUUACUCACUCUCUCUCCCUCUCAGUCCUGCUCCCUCAAUCCUUCCCUCCUACUUUCCACCCUGGAGAGCGAGAGCACACAGAUUGGGAAGGUACUCCUCAGACCUGCGCCUGGACAGCUUGAAGACGGCACAGAGAGGAUUUUUCACUCUUCUCUCACUUGCUUUUUCAUCCUCUUUCUCACUUUUGCCAUCUCUGCCAAAAAGCAUAUGGAUGGACUUUUUGUUUUUUGCUGGAGGCAGAAAAAUAAAAGUUAAACAGACAAUUUGCUCCACCUGCAGUUGAAAAUAUUUUGUUUUUUCUUGCACUUGUGAGCAGCACUGGACCAAUUCAGGGUGCCAGCGCUUUGCCCAGGAGGACCCCAUUCUCUUUUUUUGGCUGCAUGUUCAUUGAAUAUCUGAUGCCAUCGCAUCCCAUGGGAGACACGCGUGGCUGAAGCAAGGAGGGAGGUAGAAGAGAGACCCACCUGAAGCUCACACCUACCACUGCCCUUACCCAGUGCAUCCCCCUGCCCCUCAACACUCUGAGGAGAGAAAGUUCUUUGUGUGUGACGUCUGAAACCUGGGAUGCUGGUGACCAUGCUGUUGGCUCCUGUCUGUGUGCUACUGAUGCUGGGGGCGCGUGCUCUUGCUGGAGGUUAUCCCCCCAUACCUCACAUGAAGUACAUGCAGCCCAUGAUGAAAGGGCCUAUUGGACCCCCAUUCAGAGAGGGCAAGGGACAUUACGUUGAUAUGCCACCCAUGAUGGAAGUGAAGGGGGAACCAGGCCCCCAAGGGAAACCUGGACCAAGAGGCCCCCCUGGGCCCGCAGGACUUCCAGGGAAACCUGGAGUGGGCAAGCCAGGUCUCAAUGGCCAGCCAGGCCCUCAGGGCCCUUCUGGCUUUCCAGGAAUUGGUAAGCCUGGACUUCCAGGUCUCCCAGGAAAGAUUGGGCCAAAGGGGAUGCCAGGGCUUAAUGGCGAGGUUGGCCCUCGUGGUGAACCAGGUGCCAGAGGUCUUCCAGGGCAGCCCGGCCUUCCUGGCCCAGCUGGCCUGUCUCUGAAUGGGAAACCUGGGCUUCCAGGCAUCAGAGGCCCUCCUGGGUCUCGGGGAGAACCAGGAAUAAAGGGUCUUGCUGGCCCACCAGGUGAGCGUGGGCUUAAGGGCGAGAAUGGAAAUGGGAAGCCAGGGCCUUCAGGUAUAAGGGGUCCUCCUGGGUUGAAAGGCAAUGCAGGACCACCUGGUCUUCCAGGUAUAGGCAAACCAGGACUAAAAGGUUUGCCUGGACUGCCUGGUCUUAAAGGUGAUCAAGGACUCCCAGGGGAUCGAGGAGAACCAGGAGAGGCUGGGGCUCCAGGUCUACAAGGUCUGCCAGGACCAGUUGGGUUAGGGAAGCCUGGGCUAGACGGACUGCCUGGAGCACCAGGUCCACUAGGUCCGAAAGGUGAGGCAGGGCCCAGGGGUUCUCCUGGAUUUCCUGGGACUCCUGGCUAUGGAAAACCUGGUCUAAGUGGGCCAAAAGGAGAAAAGGGUCAUGGUGGGUUGCCUGGUCUCCCAGGGGACAAAGGAGAUCAAGGAAUGGUGGGCCUAAUUGGGGAACCAGGCCUUGAUGGACAACCAGGACCACCGGGACUUCAAGGCCCAAUGGGACUCCCAGGAAAACACGGAAUGCCAGGACAGAAAGGAGAGCUGGGGCCUCAGGGUCCUCCAGGACUGCCUGGCCUCAGAGGUGACCAGGGCCCCAAUGGACCCUCUGGAAAACCUGGCAUCCCUGGGGAAAAAGGCAUCCCUGGGCCUAAUGGUCCUAUUGGAAAACCUGGACCCAAAGGUGAGGCAGGGCAUAUUGGCCUACCUGGUAAUCCAGGGUUGACAGGUGUUCCAGGGCCAAAAGGUGAGAUAGGGUUUAUAGGGACUCCAGGCCCCAGGGGCCAGUCAGGCAUUCCUGGUCUUCAGGGGCCCAUGGGUCCCAUGGGGCCACAGGGUGUCCCUGGCCUGAAGGGCGAACCCGGACUUCCAGGGCCUCAAGGUCUGGGGAAGUUGGGAGAGAAAGGAGCUAUAGGUCCCCAAGGUCCUCCAGGGAAACCAGGCCCUGCUGGGCUUAAUGGUAAUGCUGGCCCUCCGGGGCCUCCAGGGCCCCCUGGUCCUCCGGGAAAUGGCCAAACAGUUGUUGCAGGGCCAACAGAUUCAGAGUUGGAAGGGGAUGAAGUACCAGGGGACAGGAAGGGGCCUGCAUACAGUCAAGUUCCACUCUCUGCCUCUGUGGCACCAGCCUUCACGGCCAUCCUCACCACACCUUUCCCUCCCUCUGCCAUGCCAAUCAAAUUUGACAGGACCCUGUACAACGGGCAAAAUGCCUACAGCUCUGCUACUGGCAUGUUCACUGCUCCUUUAUCUGGUGUCUACUACUUUGCAUAUCACAUGCAUGUAAAGGGAACUAGCCUGUGGGUGGCACUGUACAAGAACAAUGUACCAGCCACUUACACCUAUGAUGAAUACAAGAAAGGCUACAUGGACCAAGCGUCCGGUAGUGCUGUCCUAGAGUUGAAGGAGGGUGACCAGGUAUGGGUCCAGAUGCCCUCGGAUCAGGCAAAUGGCCUCUAUUCUACCGAGUAUAUCCACUCCUCCUUCUCAGGAUUCCUGCUCUGUCCCACAUAACCCUGUCCUUUCAUUCAAACAUGUUCCUGUAUUGGCACCUCAGAGCAGCCCUAAACCUAAUAUACCUGCAGCCAUAAUAGAAACACAAAACCCAUAGGAUUCUCAAUAGUAUUGCCAUCAUCUUUAUCUGGCUCACCCUCAACAACAUCAGCAAAAGAAAAAAACAAACUUUGUGAAUGAAAUAUGGAAAGUUUUAAAAGGCAGGAGGAAGGAAUUUCUUACUGUGUUCUUUGUUUCAAUGUCCUUCAAAUGUGUGUUUUGGGUUGUAUUUUAUGUUGGUGUUUUUUAGCUUAUAUUAUUUUAAUUAUUAUAUUGUCAUAAUUUUAUUGUUAUUAUUUUGUCCUUGUCAUCAUUGUUGUUGUUGUUUAUUGGAUUCAGACUAUUAAGUGCCUUACUUUGUAAUGUGCUAGUAACAGACCUUCCCAUGUGACUGCACAUCCUGCCCUCAUGCUCUGACAUCACAAGGACGACAUCACCAGACCCUGGGGGGUGAUUGGUUCCUCUGGCUGCAGUCACGUCCCCCCUUGUGUUCUUAUUGAAACCAUGAAUGGCAAUACUGACAUAAAGAGCAACAAUACAACAUAGAAAAUAUAGACAAACUAUAGCAAGACAAGGCAUUCGGUGCUGUAAUACCAUUACUUUUCACCUUUCUUUUAUUUGACCUUUUUGGUACUCUAAACAAUUGCUACGUUAGAAUUAUUAAUGAGAUUAAAUCUUUGUUUUAGAGUGAGAUAUAUCUUUUGACAGUUAGUUGGUAUAAGCAUCUAUUGGAUGCUUAUUUCUCUGCUUCUUUCUGAAUUUAGUAGCCAAACAUUUAAAUUGAUGGAUCUUUGUCUUUCUUAUAAUUUAUUGAAAUGUCCAGAAAUUCAAUGCAAGAAAUAUAAUCCAAGAAUAAAUAUGACCUUGCAGUAUUAGAAUUAUCAAAUUUGAGCUGCCCUUUUAUAGAGGAUCAACACCAUCAUUCUAGGACAAUGCCUUUUUUAACUUUCAGGAUAAUAUUAAUUGAGGAUGAUAUACAGUCAAUGUUUACAUGCCAUAGAAUAGAUACUGAGAGCAACUGCAAAAUGGACAGUAAGGACACAACUAUAGCUGGAUCGAUGUCCCAUUUCCUUGUAUCGAUCUGACUUUUCCCAUUUGCACUGCAAAUCCCAUCCUCGUGUCGCAGGCAUCCUCUUCAGAUGCUCUGACCAUGACAUCACUGCUUUCAAAUGGUAUACUACCUAUCAAUAAAUCAGUAUCACAUUAAUAUUCCAAGUGAGCAAUUUGUAUUGCCAUACUAUAUAAAAGCCCUAUUCUGACCACAUAUUGCAAAAUCUGUGAAGAUGCUUUAAACGCAUUUCUGUUUAGGAAAAUAGGGAGGCAAAUGGAUGUCAAAUAAAAUACAUCCUCUUCUUCCUUCAAUGCCAGGUUCUAUGUGAUUUGUCGCUGGGCAAAUGGGAGCAAUUCUGAAUCAUUUGUAGUUCUGAAUGAAAAGACUUUCUAUUAAUUCCCAAACCAUUGUGUCAAAAAUAGCUGAAUUAUUGUUUAGCUUAUCUGAACAUCCGUGGCUACAAGGACAAGAUGUUUCAGAACCGAAUCAUGUCAAAGCAUACAGCUGGAAAUGACAAUUGAUCUGCAUUUACUCCAUGAAUAAGUAAAGGGACUGACUGAGGCCCACAGGUUGUGAAAUACAGGUUGUGUAACAUUUAACAAACCCCUGCCAGAUUUCUGGGAGAGGUGGUGGGCCAGAGGUGAGAGCUGUGUAUUUACUCAUUUCUGUUGGAUGAGGCAUUAAAGAUACAUGCUGUGUGUGUAUGCAUGUGCUUGUAUGUUCUAGUACUGUAGGUGUACCCGUCUAUCUGUCCCUGUGUCAACAAAAGUGUGUGUGUAGUUGUGUCACAUUGUCCCCCUGGCAUUCAGGUCAUGAACACCUCAGCUAAGAUAAUAACAAACUUGCUGAAGUUACAAAACCUUAGGAAAAGCUUACUGUCCUGUCAAUGUUCCACAAAAAAAUUGAUUUCAAAAUGUUUCAGCCAACUUUGGGUUUUUUUUUUUAAAUAAGGAAGGGAACAAGUUAUAAAAUAGAUCAAUUAUCAAUGUAAUGAAUAGAUUAUGGGAGACAGAGAAAACUAUAAUUAAAUUGACAUAAUGAGAUAAGAAGAACACUUUUGAUAUGACUAUUUUGCAUAUUGGUCCAAUAGGUGACUUAAUAGUUCGCAAUAAUCUAUGUGUUGUACCAAGUCAUGAACAUAAAAAAAGUGUACAAGAUCUUUUAUCAGUGGUUGCAGUUACAGAAGAGAUGAUAAAGAGGUUUGGGCAAAAGAAGAAAAGUUGGUGCUUGUAUUACCGACUCCGUGCCUUUACAUGCCUCAGCCUAGACAGGAUUCCAAUGUAAUUUAUGCCGCCCAAACAUUAUCAUUACACUGAAUUUAGGACUACCUUACACCUUGAUGGAGGAAUGUCAAUGUGCAGGAGGAUUGUGCCAAAUAUUGAGCUUUGUGAUCAGAAUGAAUGUAUACUGUUUGACUGAUUUACAAUAGUUUCUAUAAAUCAUCUACCAUGCUGUGUCACUAUACAUAAACAGUAACUCUUCAAGUUGCUCUGGAAAAGCAGUGCUAGGGUAAGGCCUAAUCAGUAUUUUACAUCUAUAUAUUGCAAACAAUGCACUUGCUCUUGCCCUUUCUGUCUCAUAACAUGAACACACCUACAUCUGCUAUGCAUUAUUAUUGUUAUGUGAGUCUAUAAGACAGUCCAAGGCUCGUUAUGUACUGUAUGUUGCCUUUUUCUAUGUCGCCUUCAAUUUUUGGACAUAUGAAACAGUGAUGUGAGUUACAUGUGGCUAUUACUCUCUGUCCUUAUGUUUUCAUAGACAAUGUCGCUUGCAGAGUUUGCCCUGUGUGCAAAUCAUUUAACAAGUGUCAGUAAGAUCCAUGUACCAUCUCAAUCACAAAUUGCUUUUGAAGUGUUUUCUGUUUUUCUUUAAAAAAAACAAACAAAAAAGAUGUUUAAAAAGCCUUGCUUCGGUUCUUAAGGGAUAUUUGUUUGUUUUAGUGUCAAUAAAUACAAACGGCCAUUCCCAUUUGCACAUGAAAUUAAUGAAGAUGUAUUUAUACAUUUAUGAUAAUUUAAUAGGGAUGUCAAAACCGACCACCGAAGCCUAGAACGUAUAAAUUGUAUUUAACAGCAUUGAUGAGUUAAGAGCAUUUACAACAUGUAGUUAGCAUUCUAGCGUUGUUUGUGAAGGAUUAUUUGUGGACUUUUAUUUUCUAUUUGUGUAAUGCUCAAUGUAUCAACUUAUAGGAUUUUUGUCAUACAUGGCUAUUGCGUGCACUCUAUGCAAUAGAAUUUGGGUAUAAAAUGCACUCUUUUUGAUUGAAAAUGUUUGUCUGCUUAUACAAAAUCUACAGUACUUGAUUGUAUUGAUACCACAUCAAUAAAAACUUUCUUGUA